UGGCCUUUCUCAUCAUCAGAUAGAGUGCGAUAAUGGCUUCAUUGUAGCAGCUAACGACAUUCGAUCCGAGAGGCAUUUUUCAUCGGCUUGCAAGGGCCCAUCUGCUUCAGGUGUGGGCUGAAGUUGUUCGACGUUUCCAUGUGGAGCUUGAAUAUGUUGAGGAUCGCAUCGGUUGUGAUGUUAACCUAGAAAAAAAUCGUCCCUAAAGGCAGUCAGCUGUUGACAUUCGUGGUGGUUGGAGGUUCAUUUACCUUGUGCAAAAUCAUAACCGCCCUUCAGAGGGUGACAGAGAAGGUUGUGGUCUUACAUGUAAAGUGAAAUAAAAGAAAAAAUAGGGAGACAAAAAUAAAUUGCGGACGUUUUUCAUAAUGAUUCAUUGUAGCGGCUUUAAGUGAUAUCGGCGACAGUUGUAAUUAUUAUUCAUUGGCGAUCAAGUUUCUUUGAAAGAUCCGGUCUCGUGUUCUUAUCAAAACAUCGAAUAAGUUCUGAUAGACGAGUUUUUCACGCUUGUUGUUUUAACUCGCUGACGUUAGAUAGGAAACGAAGUACUCACAUUUCUUUAUCUACGGAGGCUACAGUGAUCAUUUGUGAAUAACAAUAUCAUAUUGUAUUGUUUGUUAAGUGACUCGGUUAUUUCCGUCCGUAAACAAUGUCAGCUGAGACGUUUCGGCGGGAUCUGCCGUCGGUGGGCGGUACUGACCAGGACAAUAUGAUGGCUGGACGUGCUGGCAACCGAGAACACCCUAGGCCUGCCUGUCCGGACCGCGCCCACCCUGGCGUGUCGUGGCCCAGAGCUGUCUGUGACGAAAUGGCGAGAAUCUUCCGGAGAAAGAAAGUCUUAUGGCUGGUGCUGCUGGCGGCCGUGGUCGUCUUCACCCUUGCCGUCCUUCAAUCGUCGGGGAAUCCCACUGAGCUACGCGCUCCUGUGAUGGUCGACGUGGUGGUCACUCCCAGCAACACUGCGGACGUCUCUGGUUACGUGUCGGGUCAAGUCAAGUACCUCAACUUCAUCAUCUCGGACAAUGUGACGAAACCGUCGCCGACAUGUUCUCCAAUACACAACAUCGCAUUCCUAAAGACACACAAGGCGGGGUCCUCGACUGUCACGAGCAUUCUACAACGUUACGGGAUGACGAGGAAUUUGCAGUUCGCCUUGCCGGACAAACCCAGCCACACCUUUGCCUACAACUAUCUGUCUAAGCCUGGAGGUAGGCUCACCUUACAAGCCGUCAUUCCCUUACUGCCUGGUAAGGAGGAGUACAAUAUUCUCUGUAAUCACGCAGUCUACAACCGCACCGCAUUCCGAUUAAUCAUGCCUUCAGAUACUGUUUAUAUAUCGAUCCUCAGAGAGCCAUUUUCCCAAGUGGAGUCAAUAUUCGAAUACUAUGGCGUAAUCGGCUCACUUGCUCGUGUCAAUCCCUCGAUUCGAAAUUUUACGAAUCCGCUGUCAGAAUUUUUCUCUAACCCUUACAAAUAUGAAAAAGGGAACGUACAUUUUUCAUAUUUACGAAACAAGCAAGCAGAAGAUUUUGGAUUGAGUGUAGACGAGUUAUUUUCACCUUCAAAGUUUGAUGAAUACCUUCAACAACUGUCUCAAGAUUUCCUUCUCGUUAUGAUCAUGGAAUAUUUUGAUGAGUCACUUUUGCUGCUAAAACACGCACUGUGCUGGGACACGAAGGAUAUUCUGUUCAUUCCAAAGAACAAAAACGGUAGAAAACCCAGAAGAAACUUUACAGACGAGGACCGAAAGCGACAUAGGAAAUUGUCUUCCUUGGAUUACAAGCUUUACGAUUUCUUUUUGAAGCGUCUGCAGGACGAGCUGUCUCGUCAGAGCGAAGACUUCUUCCAAGAACUAGACAACUUCCGGUCACUUUUGACACAGGUCAAGCACACGUGUGAAACAAAAUCUUCAUUUUUUUACGUCACAGCUACGCGCUGGUAUGACGCGUUCAACGUCACGGCCGAGGACUGCAAUAUUCUGCGCAUGCCCGAGCUGGUGGCUUUGGAUGUCCUCUUGAAGAGAGCACGACCCCCAGUGGUCACUCCGACACCACUUUCGGGGUCCAAAAUCCACUAAAGAUGUGUGGCCUGAAGAUGGGAGAGAGUGAGAGAGAGA